AUGGUGGUCACGAAACAAACUUUCAUAUUUUGCAGCCAAAAACUGCCAAUUUCCAUCAAAUAUUCGUCAUUUUUGCCUGUCAGACGCAGGUUAUAUAGCAGCAUUAUAUCAUACCAUGUAACUAAACCGAAACAACUUGUAUCCAAAUAUCAGGUGUUGAAAAAAAGUACAUUUUGUACUGAUGAUGGCCUUCAACCCGCGUACAACAACAAAUGUACACCAGGUCCAGGGACAGGGAGUUCGUGUAACGUUACAUCCAUCAGACAGCAGUGUGCUUUUUCCAGUGGCUGCUUAUCUAUUCACCAUCCCAACGAGAAAAGUUACAAGUUUGUCAGUGCUGACCGAAAUAGGUUUCCAGUUCCACUCAAAUUUAAUCAAAAUACAGAUGUGAAUACUUCGAACCUCUUUUUAGACAAAUCCAACUUAAAGUUCAAGGACAUAAGAGAACACUGCUUGAUUGUUUUGGGUCAGCAUGUUCGCAGAUACAGCACUGUCGUUCUGUGCAGUGCAAGCAUAUCUUGCGGUGGUGCUGCCUCGUCUCUUCUCCAAGGUGAUGCUUCACUAAAUCUGGAUGUUCCAAGGAGGCACAAGGCAAGAUCAAAACAAGGCAAAGUGAAGAAGGGAGAAAAAAAUCAAGAUGAGGAAGAUGAAGACGAAGAGGAAGAAGAGGAAGAAGAAGGGGACGAAGAUUCUGACACUGAAGCUGAUGAUGAAUAUCUACAAGAAGAUAACAAGUUCAGCCCCAAAUUCAAAGAUGUCACUACACACAUCAAGUCAUUGAGAGUUGAUGCCGUGGUUGGUGCAGGCUUGAACAUAUCAAGGAGUAAAGUUGAGGAUCAAUUCUUGGGGAGCAAACUUCGGCUGAAUGGAGAAAAGUUGCUGAAAAAAGGUGUUAAGAUGGAAUCUGGUGAUAUAGCUGACCUUGUGGUGAGUCAUGUUGAUGGGAAUAUGGAUGUGAAACGAGUACGCUUGGUUUCAGUAGAUGAUGGCAAGACAAGAAAGGACCGGAUUAAGGUGAAGAUACGAGCGUGGAGAGGCACUGUCACCAUUGAAGAGUAGGAUUACACCUAUCACAUCGUCUCAAGUUGAAAACUAAAGUUGUUGUAGCACAAAUCAUUUUGGGCCAGCACCGAUGCAUGACCCUCAAAGGAGGUGGAUAGGAGUGACUGCAGCCGGCAAUGAGGAAUAUUGCACAAAUGAAGGAGGAUACUCAGCUUGGUGUUUUGAAACAAGGAGAGCUAUUAAUCUUUGUUGAUUUUUGUCUUUGAUACUCGAGAUAUCCGUGGAGUUAGUUUGCCAAGUCAAUUGGUCUUUAUGUGCCCUGUGGGCAUAACAUGUAACUGGACUGGAAACCACCUUAGCAACAUCGGGCAAGUCCCUGCAAAAUAAAGUGAUUUAUUCAAUGUAUGUGGAAUGUUUUCAAAAUAAAAGGUACACGAAAAUAAAAAGUUUAUAAAUGAUCUGA